AAAGAGUUUCAAGGAAAGAAGAAGAAGGAAGGAAGGGAAGCUGCAAGAAGAAGAAGGAAGGAGAAGAUCAUCAGAUAGGAAAAAGCCGGGGAAUCGGAGCCACGGAACGGCCCCAAAAAAGGGAGUCAUGGGUAGAGGAAAGAUCGCCAUUCGCAGGAUCGAGAACAAGACCACUCGCCAGGUGACAUUCGCAAAACGCCGGGCUGGACUUUUCAAGAAGACAAAUGAGCUGUCUGUCCUCUGUGAUGCACAGAUUGGACUGAUUGUCUUCUCGAGCACAGGCAAGCUUUUCCAGUAUACGAGUGAAGCAUCCAGCAUGGAGCAGAUAAUAAGCCGGUACUUGACUGCGACGGGCUCUCAGAUGCCACAGCCGACAGAUGACCAGCAACAAGUUCAAGCUGAGUUGAGGAGGAUGAGGAGAGAGACCCAUAAUCUCCAGCUAAGCCUGCAACACUACACAGCGAAUGAUCUGAGCACCGUGCGCAUCGAAGACCUCAAUAACCUCGAACAGCAAGUGGAAUACUCUCUGAACAAGGUUCGAGCUAGAAAGUAUGAGCUCUUACAACAGCAGACAGACAAUCUUCGGAGGAAGGAGAAAAUGCUGCAGGACGAAAAUGAGAAAAUAUUCCACAUGAUUAAGAACCAGCAUCAGGUGGUACUUGAGCAUCACCAGAAUGAGCAGUUAGCUCUGGUUAGUGACCCGAAGCCAGAGGAAAGCCGAAACGUGCUGGAUCAGUUCCCCUUUUUUGGAGAAGAACAGCCAAGCAGCGUUCUUCGACUUGCAGCUCAGCUCCCUCCAACCUUCCGCCCCUACCAUCUCCAGCCUACGCAGCCAAACCUUCAGGAUUUCAGUCUCCACCAACCGAACAACGAUCAUCAGUGAUCACUGGCACAAGAUCAUCAGUGAUCUCCCACGGAUCAGUCUCUCGUACUUCACGAAGGAAAAGCGCAUUGCAUUUGAUCGUCGGCCACGCACGCACUGCUAUGAAUUAUCUUUCAAAAGUUUCCCUUAGGGAUGAUCUUCCACCUUGUAAAUAAUGUCGACUAUGGAUUUUACCUGCGUACAUAUAGGACCUAUUUUACUUAGCUAAGCAGGUAAGCGAAACUAUGAUACGACAUUGUGCGAACACUCUGGCCUUUGGGAAUUUGCUGCUUGCUGCUAAA